GGAGCCACUAGGGGUCCGUGUCUCGCUGAACAGCUGCAUGAUUAGAGCGGAAGUGGCCUUUUUCUUUCUAAAGGCGGGAUCAGGAAGCAGCGCUGUGUGAGUUAUUUUGGGCGCAUUGAGACUGUGAACAGCACGGCGUUUGCGGAUGAGGAUUGAAAUUUCUCCAUGAUAGUGUCCAGAGAAUGGCGUGUCAGCUGUCGUUGUGUGGCGCUGACCGCGAAGAAAUGAGGCGGGACCUCAAAAACUCGUCCACUGAAGAAAGUCAACUUGAUAUCCCACAACCCUCUAAUACAAAUUAACAAUGUCGUCAACAUCACAAAAACACAAGGACUUUGUGGCAGAGCCCAUGGGGGAGAAGUCUGUGAUGGCACUUGCAGGAAUCGGUGAAGUUCUUGGAAAGAGAUUGGAAGAGAAGGGCUUUGACAAGGCAUAUGUUGUUCUAGGACAGUUCUUGGUACUGAGGAAAGAUGAAGAGUUGUUUCGGGAAUGGUUGAAGGAUACUUGUGGAGCCAACAUUAAACAGCAAGGCGACUGUUAUAGCUGUCUGAGAGAGUGGUGUGACUCUUUCCUGUAGUUGACUUUUUUUUGUUGUUGUUGUUGUAUAUUAAUUUCCCUCCCACUUGUAUGUGGAAUACGUUUACCUCACUUUAUCAAUUUGACUUUUCGGACAUCAUUUUUGGAUGUAUUGAUAUUAAUUCUUAGCAUAGAUUUAUCGCACUAGAAGGUCUUUUAGAUGGGUACACUUGUAAUAUAACUGCUCAUUUUGUGUUGUUCAAACAUCAUUCACACUGGAUCUUUAGUUUUGGGGGUGAGACACAAAAUCAUCCACGCAUAUGCAGUUCUGUUGCAGGCUGUACAUGCACUAGUAGUCCAAAUACACAUUUGCCAAGAACAACACAAAUAGUUCUACAAGUCUUUCCCCUUCUCUGUUUAUGAUGUUUGAAGGUUUUAACUGACUUAUGUCCAAAAUGUGCCACUUUUAAAGGUUUAUGUGAACUUGAAUAUGUAUUUCCCAAAUGAUCAGAUGCAUAAUGGUAUAAUUUUGUUAUAUGGUUUUUAUGCUCCCCAGCCACUAAAUUGCCUUAAUAAAAAUCUGGAUUUGUUUUAAUUGUGCAUGUGUACCUAAAGAUGCGUGGUCUGAUUCAUUCUGCAUAGUGUAGCCACUUAAUUCACAUCUUGAUUGGCAUUUGCUGCUGUCAGAUGUUUAAAAUGCUACAUGAAUGGUCUAAGAAACUCAUAAAUGUUCUUAUGAUUCUAA